CCUGUGAUUACGCGUCCGCCAUUUUGAGUAGCCGUGCGAGGUGGUGUCAUAAUUUUUCUCCCCAAUCUGAGGCGAUUUACAACUCACUUCGACUCUAAACCUACACUAGGCACAUUUGAAAGACAGGAAGUUAUGGACCUGAGAGUGAGAACUUGUGAGAUUCCUGUGGAUGAGCUGCCAACUGUACAGCCUGGGAAUGAGACAAGAAGCAGCGAGGUCCCGGCAACAGACACCGGAGGACAGCAGGACAAGGAAGAGGACAUUCUAUCGGAGGAAACAUACAGGCUAAACUCUGUCCAUCCUGCCAUAUACCUACAGAGUCAAACAGAGCAGACAAACAGGCCUGUGGUGAAAGGUAUCUACAAACCCCACAAAUGUAACCUGUGUAACUAUUCUGCUGUAUGGAAAGCCAGUUUAAACCUCCACAUGAAAAAACACACUGGAGAAAAACCCUACAUGUGUGGGGAAUGUGGGUACCGGACAGCUCGUAAGGCUAGGCUAAAUGAACAUAUAAGAAGACAUACUGGUGAGAAACCCUACAAAUGUGACAUGUUAUUUUGUGGCUAUUCUGCUGCACGGAAAGUUGAUAUGGACAGACAUGAGGCCAAACACACUGGAGAAAAACCCUACAAAUGUGACCAGUGUGACUAUUCUGCUGCAAGGAAAGUCGAUAUAGACCGACAUGAAGCUAAACACACCAAACCCUACAUGUGUGGAGAGUGUGGAUACAGGACGGCUGACAGGUCUAACCUACUAAGACAUAUGAAAAAUGUACAUAUUGGAGAAAGACCUUACAAAUGUUACCGUUGCGAUUAUUCUGCGGCACAAAAAAGUACUUUAGAUCAGCACAUUGCUGCUGUACACAUCCCAAAAAAUCCCUACAACAAGUAACUUAAAAAAAAGAAAUUGUAACACCAGCUCUGAACUGUCUUUUAGUUGAACAUACAGGUAAAAAGUCUUGCAAACUAGAAAGGUAACAUUUGCAAGCAAAUGCAUAAUGUUUACCUUUGCAUAUGGUUUGCUCUUCUUACUCAAAUACAUGUACAUGCAU